AUGGCGCUAUUCAUGGCUUGGUUGAGUGCAAACCUGCGAGGUCGGAAGUACCUGGCCGUUGGGAUGGCGUGGCAGGUCGGGUUUGGCAACUGCGCCAACUUCAUCUCCUCGAAUGUGUUUCUUGCUGAAGAGGCGCCAUUUUACCAGACUGGCUUUUCCAACGGACUCUCUUGGACGAUUGUGGGGAUGGGUUUGGUGACGUUGGCAGUCGUACUCAUGUGGCGAAAAAACCAGACGAGAAAGGCUCGCAUGGCGAUGAUGAGCGACAUGGAGAAGGAGGAAGAAGAGCAGAGGACGUUCAAGUUCCUGCUGUAG